AUGACUGACAAUUACCAUGCCUCGAAUGACCUCUUACCAGGUAAAGCUAGUGAUGUCAAUGAUCAAAGUAAUAAUAGGCAUGAGGAACAAUUUCAAGAUACAGCUGCUAAAGCAACCAAUGGUAUCAAACAUGAACCGCAAGCAAGUAACUUAGAGCCGUUGCCGCCUAAGAAAAUUAGAAGGAAAGCAAGCACCUUACCACCACCAGUAGCGCGAAAAGACAAGGGAGCUGCUCUAUCUUUGGAAGAAAAAAAAGCCAACCAUAUUGCAUCUGAGCAAAGACGCCGACAAGCUAUCAGACAGGAAUUUGAUAAAAUUUGUGAGCUUGUACCAGAUUUAGAUUUGUCUAAAAGUAGGAGUGAAGUGGUUGUCCUUGAAAGAACAGUGUCGUUUUUAUUACAUUUGAUGGAAGAGAAUAAGGCACUUCGCGAGCUUGCGACGUCACACUCCAUCGAAUUGCCGGCAGAUCUGGCGGCUGAUACUGAUAAUCGUAGAAUUAUCCCGGCUAAUUCGGCUUCUGGAUAUGAAACGAGCACGCACUCACGAAGUUAA